AUGAAGCAUGAAGAAUUGCAUAUAAAAAAACUAGUUUACCUUUGGGUUCCCUAUAAUUUAACUGAGCACCAAAAAGAGGAGCAUGUCAGAAUCAGUAAAGAAACCAUUAAAUUUCUUAAAGAUCGUGGCCAUGGCAUUAUUUCUAAAAUCCUAAUUGGUGAUGAAACCUACAUACUAUUUUUUGAUGCUCCAACAUAUCAAGAAAGUAAAGUAUGGGUGUAUGAAGAUGAUCCCACCCCCACAAUGGUGAAAAGACAGCAUGCCAUGAAAAAAGGUAUUGUAUGCUAUUUUCUUCAGAAACACAGAACUAAUCAAAGCUAUCAAGCUGGAAAGACAGAAGACAGUCAUAGCUAA